UUUGAAGUGCAUCAAAGUGAUCAAUGAGAAUAGCAUCACCAGCAUCCAUUCUAAAAUCUAACAAGUCAUGGAAAUUGCCUUCAUUUGAAUGUUUACCUCUUAGUGCUAUGUCAUGUGUUCCGCAAUAAACUAUUGUUUUUAUAAUUGAUACUAAUUUCAAGCGGUUUUCUUCAAUAAGUUUUCGGCUAGCACCAUUUAAUUGUUCUGUCACAUCUUUCUUUUUUAACGUUUGAAUAUCAUGAAAAAACUUUGCUGCAGCCGUGGAUUCACUAUGCCAUCUACUCUCAGUAUGCUUUUUAGCUUCUUCAUGGAUUUGAUAAAACUUUUUAAAACUGCGUAUAAUGAAUACUCCACAGUCGCGAUAAGUCAACCAUCGAAGCAAGUCGUUCGUUAAUUGUCGCUCCGUAUCUACGUUUUGCUAUCGCCUUUUGUAUAAUGCCGGCGUCGUCUUCGGGCGGCGACGACAAUCGUCCGCACGCUCUUAACAAUUCAGUCGGUAAAAUAAAAAAAGCACCAAAUGCUUCCAGACCACACAACACGGAUCAGGAAUGGACCACCAAGACAAGUAAAAAAGCAUCUCAAUCUAAGAAGGUAUCAACUCCAACUAGCCCUAUAUCUCCCACUCUACAGCAGAUUAAAAAUAAUCCACCAGUAUUAAAUAUGCCCAACAAUACAUUCGAUUACGACAUUUCGUUAUCUCAUUCUACUAAUGACACGGCCUCUAAUAAUAUGAAUAUAGAUAUAGAUUUAUCGCAUUCUACAACCGAUCACGCUAAUGUUCCCGUUUCCGCAAAUACAACAUACACCGCUGAUAUUUCAAACACUAAUAUAAAUUACGAUUCCAACGAUAUACAGUCCUUACGUAAUUCCGAACAACUUAAUAAAUUUUUCUCCGCGGAUUAUAACGGUCCGUUCACUACCAUUGCGGAACAUUCAGAUAUCAACCUAAAAAUUGAUCACUGGCACCCGUUAAAAUAUGCAAAAAUUUUUUCCACCAAUUUCAUUGGCAUCAACAACAUCAAACCAAUUGGUCAUAAAAAAAUCAAAAUCACCUUCAAUACUAAAGUUUCAGCCAACAACUUUCUCACCUCCCCUCUACUCGCAAACAUUGGAUUUACAGCAUAUAUUCCAUCUACGCUUAUCUACUCUUUCGGAAUUAUCAGAGUCGAUAGUUCCCUAACCGAAGAAGAUUUCUGGGAAGGACUUGAUAACACAGUCCGCGCUAUUGCCUUCAAACGCAUUUCAAUCAAAAAGGAUAAUGUCCUAACGCCUACUCGUGUCGUGGAAAUAAAAUUUUUAUCCCCCAAAAUCCCAGAUGCCGUAUCAAUUUACAACGUCAUUUUCAAAAUUUCUCCUAGCGUCCGUUCUCCCAUACAGUGCAAUAACUGUUUGCGAUUUGGCCACACGGCUAAAUUCUGUCGCAGUAAAUCCAAAUGCAGCCACUGUGGCUUAAAUGACCAUUCAUUAACUACUUGCCCUUCAAUCAACGCAACAGAUCCAGUUUGCAUCUUCUGUAAACUCCCCCACCUCUCCACUGACCGGAAUUGCCAAGAGUGGUCAUUCCAAAGGGAUGUUAAGAAAAUUAUGGCUACGGAAAACUUACCCUUCCGCGAAGCAGUCUCUCUCAAGAAAAAUAAUUACUCCUCAAGUGCAUUUAGCUAUUCAAAUAUUGUUAAUAAACAGUCUGUGUUAAAUCCUUCUCAUCAAGUUCCGGAUACCUCCACUAACUCUUUCCCCCCGUUAACCUCUCAAUCACAUUACCACCAUACACCUCAUAGGAAGUAUAACAAUCAUUCUUCUCACUCUAAACAAAAACAAUUUCACGUUCCCAACCAAUCUAAUUUUUCCCUACCAAAUGGGCACUUCAUAGAUUAUGCUAGUAAAAAUCGGUCCCAGGAUCCCAAACCUCCUCAAUUUGAUCUAACCUGGGUCAAUGCCUUCUGCAUCAAACUCUCCGAAUCCUUAUCCAACUCCCCUAGCCUCUCUCCCUUAUCUCCCUCUUCCCUUCAAAACUUAAUUGAAUCAUCCCUUAUGUCUUGUCUCUCAAUUCCAAAAAUCUCCGUUAUUUCUUCUAAUGGUCAAUAUUCUACAAUGGAAUGUUCACAAGAUCGAGUCGAUGGCUACGGGGGCGUCGCAAUUGCCGCCCAUACCUCACUUAAUGUAUCUUUAAUAGAAAUUAAACCCCCCUUAAAACAACUUCUCUUGGAAAAUAAUAUCGAUUUAAUUGGUCUAAAAAUAACAAAUAUUGACGGUUUACCUAAUACAUCAUUCUGGUCCUGCUACAGUCCAAAUGAUUCACCUAUCCCCUUUGAAGUAUGGUACUCUCUCUUCCAACUCACAGAUCACAACUCUUUCUUUACAGGUGACUUUAAUGCCCAUCACCCAGCCUGGGGUUCCACUACGUCCACCAGACGGGGUAACUUAAUCUACGAUGCGUUGAACUCUUCUAAUCUUAAUAUACUUAAUAACGGCUCACCUACGCAUGUAGGCAGACCCAACUCAACCAAUUCGUGUAUUGAUUUAUCCUUAUCCACUCCAAAUUUAUUCUGGCUUUCAACCUGGCGCAUUAUAGACGAUCCUAACGGAAGUGAUCAUUUACCUAUUAUCAUAUCUGUCAAUGUUACAAACCCUAACUCCUUACCAAAUAACAGAUCUACCUUACCCAAUUAUCUCUCCCCCAAUCUCAAAUUUAACCUCAAUAAAGCUGACUGGCCCCUUUUUUCUCAACUCAUCAAUUCCUCUAUCCCUCUUCUCAACACUUACACAUGUCCAUUAAAAGAUUAUGAACAGUUCACUCAUAUGAUCUUAGAUAUUUCUAAGAAAACAAUUCCUAUCAAACGUAAUAACCUUAACAAUUUCCCUCCCUCUCCCCCGUGGUGGAACUCCUCCUGUUCCAAAGCAGUUUCCAACCGCAAAUCCUUAUAUAAAACCUUCAUUCGCUCAGGCUCCGUUCAAGAUUAUCUUACUUAUCGCAAUGCCAGCGCUGCAACCACACGUCUCUUAAAAGAAUCUAAAAGACUAGCUUGGAAACAAUUUUGUACGAACCUCAACCCUUCUUCAUCCAUUCAAUCUACCUGGACCACCGCUAAACGCUUUCGCAAUAGUAUUGUUACUCGCUCUCGUCCUCACAAUGACAGUUGGUUCAAUGAUUUCUGUUGUAAAGUAGCACCAUGUUAUGUCCCUUCAUCUUCUGAAGCCUUACAUAAUUCAAUUUUGCCUGCCUCAAAUACACUUACUAAUCACAUAAUCUCCAUGCCUAUAACCUUAAGUGAGCUAAACGCCGCCAUCGCCUCACGUAAAUCAAUCGCCUCCGGCCCUGACAACAUUUCCCCUGUUAUGCUCAAACACCUUCCUACUAAUGCCGUCGAGUACCUCUUGAAUAUACUCAACAAAAUUCUCCUCCUCAAUAAAAUUCCUGACUCCUGGAAAGAGUUUAUAGUCAUACCUAUUCCCAAAGCCAACUCUACCACUGCAUUUAGGCCCAUCGCCCUGUCCUCAGCGUUAUGCAAAACCAUGGAAUUUAUUCUAAAAAACCGCCUAGAUUGGUGGCUCGAACAUAACUCUAUUCUCUCUGACAACCUAUAUGCUUUCAGAAAAGGAAGAGAACAUAAAGUAUUUAGGACUAACACUAGACUCCAAAUUACGCUGGGCUCCGCAUCUUCAACAUCUCAUUAA